AGAAAAGAGUGCCGUGCGACUCUGCCAGUCGCGACUACUACAAGACACAAGUUAAAUCAACAACAAAAUGGAGACGCUACACCACGGGAAAGCCUGACAACGAAAAACUGAGAGAACUAUGGCACCGAUUCGGCAGAAGAUGAAGAAGCGUCAGCGUAGUUACAUUUAUUUGUCUUUGACGCGAAACCAGCUGGUCUUCAAUGAAGAAUACCAGAAUACGUGAUAAGAGCUUUUUGUUUCCUGCGUCGUUCAAAAUGUCCCCGGAGAUGACUUGUGAACGGACAACAAAUACCGACGCCGCGGCGGCGGCUAUGGAACGGUUCGGCAGCCGGGGCAUGGCACUUCUGCCGUGGACCAAGCAGAUGUUGGUGGUUCUGUGGGAGCACCUCUGGCUUCUGGUUCGGGUCAUCUAUUGCACCUUCUUGUCUGUUUUCCAGAUGUUUCGCUUUGAGGUUUACUUCGGGAUCACAGAUGAGAUAGGUCAGCACAUCCCACAUGGCCAGACCCCAUCCUUCCUCUUCUCUUCACUGAUUGAGGGCGAUGACAACAUGAUGGUGGGCCACCCAGACGACCUGUCGGACAGUGGCAAGGCCACGGCCGAAGCCCUGCUGUCAGGACUGGCUCCUGAUGACGGCGUCUACGUGGGUUUUCGAGGCGACUGGAACAUCUUCCCUGCUUUCUCCACCGAGGCGCUGUUUAAAGAGGGAGACUGUGACAGUACCGAGUUCAACCCAGAAAUGUGGGACGAUCCUUAUGGCCAGUCUUCGAAAAACAUGGCUGACGAGAUGUCCGGCCUGCGGAUGUGGGUCAGGCGCUCUGACAGUGACACCAGCUGGUCCAGCUCUGAAGUGUCCGCCGCCGACCUGGAAGAGAACGAACGCCUCCUUGAGUUCUUCUCCAGGCCCGACGACCCGUACAAUCCCAUGUGCUUUACCGCCUGCACCAUUAGCAAAGCGCCAAUGUGUACCGACGUCCACUUAACGCCUUCCUCCAAUGACGAAGAGGCGUUGUGGAGGAGCCUCGACCAGAAAGACGACCCUUACCACCCGCUCAAUUUCCAGGCCCCUUUAAGCGAUCGACAGCCUCAACAUGUCCCACAGCCUCUUAAAGUCACUCCAACUAAAUGCACUGAAACACUCAAGAAACAUACUCAGCGGUCCAGGUUUGGCUCUCAAGAUGUCAUACGGGUGCCAUGGAAACGACCUGCCCAGAGACACCAACUACCUGAGAGACACUCACCCCAUGCACAAAAAAAGGUCCGCUUCUCUCCGGUGGUGGAGGUCCACGUGAUGUGGGCGUGGCACUUCGCCACCGCCGCCUCCCGUAAAGGACCCUGGGAGGAGAUGGCCCGGGACCGCGAGCGCUUCCGGCGGCGCGUGGACGAGGCGGAGCGAGCCAUUGGAUACUGCUUUAACGCCGCGCACCGGGCCAGGAUGCGCGAGUAUGUGGACACCCGAUGGAACACUGGAUGAUUUUUUGGGGGGACUUUUCUCACCGGUUGCUGCGUAUGAAGUUGUGUUUAUUUAAAAGAAUGAUUUUGACAUUUCAAAACUUUGUACCUCAAAAAAAUGUUUUUCAAUAUUUGUUCAUAGAAUUACCAUUGCACUGAAUGACACUUUGCAAUGUAAGCUCUCCUUAAAUGUUCUUUGCCUUGCAUUUGGACCUACUAGGAAAGUCAUACACUGGGUGUUUUUGUGUAAAAUGAAUGUACAGCACCUCUAGACGCCACAAAAAAAGGCUUGCGUUUCUGAAUGUAUUUAUUUUGUGGUGCAAUUUUUUUGUGUUUCCUCAAAUAUUUGAGCUCUGGUUGUAUGUUUCUUAAGCCGUUUUAUAUUUUCUUAACACAUUGUAAGCCUUUUGGCAAAUGCUGUGACUUUGGAUAUUUAUGAUUAUAUUUUAAAUAUUUUGACUGGUUGUGAAAAAAACUUUAAAACUGAAUAAACAAUGAAAUUAGAAGGUUGUUUUUAGUUGUUGGUGGUGUGUCUGCAGAAGCACACUUGCCUGCUAACGAUGGUGAUUUACCGUAAUUUUUGGACUAUAAACC